UUCUACAAACGCGUAGUACGCAAAAUAAAUAAAUCUGAAUUUUAUUUAUUUUAUUAUCGCAUAAUAAUCAACAUCAAUUCGAUCACCGGAGAUGGCGAAGUACGAUGAACCGGCGGUCGGAAUCCCUUACAAUCCGUCGGCGCCGUACCAAGCUCCGAUGCCGCAGCAAUUUCAGCAGCAAUACUAUGUAGGUCAAAAUCCUUAUCAAGCAGGUAUGGUUCCACCAAACGCCAUUUAUGGAGAUCCUAAAGGAAUUCCGAUUCAACAAACUAUUUACAGAGAUACUCCUGCUCCUUUCAAUUGCCUUCACUGUGGUAAUACCGGUCUCACCCAAAUCAAAUCAAAACCGAGUCCUGCAGCUUUUGUUGGAUGCAUGAUGCCAUUUAUGCUUGGAGUAUGCUUUCUCUGCCCAUCAAUGGAUUGCCUCUGGCACAAGUAUCAUUAUUGUCCAAGCUGCAAUCAGAAGGUUGCUGAUUUUGAGAAAUCCGAUUUUUGUUUGGUUAUGGACCCUCCAAACUGGGAAGAAAAAAGUUUUGCCUUACCUGCAUGAGGGCAUAAUCUUGGAUUUGCCUCAUAUAACCCCUUCUCUUUUUUUUUUGUGUAUUUUUGUGUACAUUUACGUGUUUCUUGUUUGCUCGAGAGAAUGAAUGUGAACUAAAAUGCAGUUUGUUGUUUUUGUUAUCUAAUACAAUAGAUCUUAUUUUCUAUUGUUGAUUGCCCUUUUUGAGUUUUGUAUAUUUAAUAAAAAAUCUUGCGCCCUUGUUUUU